GGAGUGGUUCAUGUGAUCCUGGGGAUUCAUAUGAACAUGAUGUCACACUCUAUGCCAUGGUUGAGGGUAGAAAAGAGCAUGUUUUGGAUGUGUUGCCUUUUUCAUCCUACAGGGAACCAGCCCUAGUUUCAGUUGCUAUCAGUCCAGAACUCCAGACAUCUGCCACAAAGUUCUGCCUAAAACAGAAGAGCCACCGAGGACUGAACAGGAAUGUGUGGGCUGUGGACUUCUUCCACAUUCUACCUGUCAUGCCACCAUCACCUUCUCACUUAGCAGAGUUUUCUAUCAACAUGGGCUGUGGAUCUCUUCAACCAGGCAACAGCAUAAGUUUGGAGUUUUCGACAAGUCAUGGACGAUCGUGGUCCCUCCUGCACAUGGAGUGUCUGCCUGAUCUAUGCACAGGCCCACACCAUCCCCACAGCUCUGUCUAUUCUUCUGAAAACUAUAGUGGGUGGAGUCGUAUAACCAUUCCUCUGCCAUAUGCAGCGCUUACCACUGGGACCAGGUUUCGUUGGAGCCAGAUGGGUCCUGUGGCUGGAAAUAUGUGGGCAAUUGACAAUGUCUACAUUGGCCCUGCAUGCUACAAAUUGUGCUCUGGCCGAGGUCGAUGUACCACCAACGGAUGCAAAUGUGAUCCAGGAUUUUCAGGACCUGGUUGUGACAUAGCUUCACAGACAUUUCCUACCAUCAUUUCAGAAAGUUUUAGUAGUUCCCGGCUAUCAUCCUACCACAACUUCCACACAAUCCGCGGUGCAGAGCUUGGCUUUGGUUGUGGCGUCCUCUCAAGUGGCAAGGCAUUGGUAUUUAACAAAGAGGGAAGGCGAGAGCUCAUUACUUCAUUCCUGGACAGCACUCUAGCUAGGUUCCUCCAGUUUACUCUUCGCCUGGGCAGCAAGUAUGUACUAAGCACGUGCAAACCACCAGACCAGCCAGGAGAAGGAAUUCUACUGCAUUAUUCUGCUGACAAUGGAAUCACAUGGAAUUUGCUGCAGCAUUACUCUUACCAGAAUUACCAUGAGCCAAGAAUUAUUUCUGUGGAACUCCCAGAAAAUGCCCAGCAGUUUGGCAUCCAGUUCCGAUGGUGGCAGCCUUAUCACUCUGGGCCUGAUGAGGACGUGUGGGCUAUUGAUGAAAUUACCAUGACCUCAGUCCUAUACAACAGCAUUAGUCUCAAUUUCACCAAUCUAGUGGAUGUCACUCAGUCCCUGGGGUUCUACCUGGGAAAUGUCCAACCUUACUGUAACCAUGACUGGACUCUAAGUUUCACUGGAGAUUCUAAAACCAGUUCAAGCAUGCGCUAUGUUGAAACCCAGUCCAUGCAAAUUGGGGCCUCAUAUAUGUUGCAAUUUAGCCUUGUGAUGGGCUGUGGGAAGCUGUUUACAUUGCAUGUGGACAACCAAAUCAGACUGGAGUACUCCACCAACCAUGGCUUGACUUGGCACCUUGUGCAGGAG